AUGCCGGUCAGCCUCUUCUACAUAGGUCAGGCUCAUCUACACAGGUCAGUCUCAUCUACACCGGUCAACCUCAUCUACACCGGUCAGCCUCAUCUACACCGGUCAGUCUCAUCUACACCGGUCAGCCUCAUCUACACCGGUCAGCCUCUCCUACACCGGUCAGCCUCUUCUACACCGGUCAGCCUCAUCUACACCGGUCAGUCUCAUCUACACCGGUCAGUCUCAUCUACACCGGUCAGCCUCAUCUACACCGGUCAGUCUCAUCUACACCGGUCAGCCUCAUCUACACCGGUCAGCUUCAUCUACACCUGUCAGCCUCUCCUACACGGGUCAGCCUCUGACAGUGGGGUCCUCUUCUACAUGGUGACCACGUUGAGGCACUACAGCCUUCUACCACAGAGCUCACAGAGAUCCCAGAGCUCACAGAGAUCCCAGAGCUUACAGAGACCCCAGAGCUCACAGAGAUCCCAGAGCUCACAGAGAUCCCAGAGCUUACAGAGACCCCAGAGCUCACAGAGAUCCCAGAGCUCACAGAGAUCACAGAGCCCACAGAGAUCACAGAGCCCACAGAGAUCCCAGAGCCAACAGAGAUCACAGACCCCACAGAGAUCCCAGACCCCACAGAGAUCCCAGAGAUCACAGAGCCCACAGAGAUCACAGAGAUCACAGCGCCCACAGAGAUCACAGAGCCCACAGAGAUCACAGAGCCCACAGAGAUCACAGAGCCCACAGAGAUCCCAGAGCCCACAGAGAUCACAGAGCCCACAGAGAUCACAGAGCCCACAGAGAUCACAGAGCCCACAGAGAUCAGAGAUCACAGACCCACAGAGAUCCCAGAGCCCACAGAGAUCCCAGAGCCCACAGAGAUCCCAGAGCCCACAGAGAUCCCAGAGCCCACAGAGAUCACAGGGAUCCCAGAGCCCACAGAGAUCCCAGAGCCCACAGAGAUCACAGAGCCCACAGAGAUCACAGGGAUCCCAGAGCCCACAGAGAUCCCAGAGCCCACAGAGAUCCCAGAGCCCACAGAGAUCCCAGAGCCCACAGAGAUCCCAGAGCCCACAGAGAUCCCAGAGCCCACAGAGAUCCCAGAGCCCACAGAGAUCAAAGAGAUCACAGAGAUCCCAGAGCCCACAGAGAUCCCAGAGCCCACAGAGAUCCCAGAGCCCACAGAGAUCCCAGAGCCCACAGAGAUCACAGAGCCCACAGAGAUCCCAGAGCCCACAGAGAUCCCAGAGCCCACAGAGAUCACAGAGCCCACAGAGAUCACAGAGCCCACAGAGGCGGGUUCAGAGUCAGGGCAAGCGGGUUCAGAGUCAGGGCAAGCGGGUUCAGAGUCAGGGCAAGCUGGUUCAGAGUCAGGGCAAGCGGGUUCAGAGUCAGGGCAAGCGGGUUCAGAGUCAGGGCAAGCGGGUUCAGAGUCAGGGCAAGCGGGUUCAGAGUCAGGGCAAGCGGGUUCAGAGUCAGGGCAAGCGGGUUCAGAGUCAGGGCAAGCGGGUUCAGAGUCAGGGCAAGCGGGUUCAGAGUCAGGGCAAGCUGGUUCAGAGUCAGGACAAGUGGGUUCAGAGUCAGGACAAGUGGGUUCAGAGUUAG